CGCGGUGCAUGCUGGGUGAUAUUGAGGCAGGGUAGCAGCAGCAGCGGCACCGGCUGACUCAACCUUCAGUUUCUGCUUCACUUUCAGCCGUCCUGCACUCCUCAGGUGGCCCAAAUCUGACACCUUAUGGACGGCACCGGCUUUACCUGAGUCAUGGACAUCAGCGGAGGACAUCUCACGGUGUAGCCAGGAGGAUUCGUUGACUGCCAGAGAAUCAUGGAGCCCGAUGUGAUCCGCUUGUACAGCUCGUCCCCGCCCCCGAUGGAGGACGGCGCCGAGGAGGAGGACGAGUUUGGAGACUUCGACACCUUCUCCAACGUCCCUCACAGCAUCAGCUUCACAGAAUUCGAAACCCCGGCCACUUUUAACCAGAAUGAAGCUUUUAGCGCCACUUCCCCUCCUGAGCUCCUGAACAGCAGGGGGGUGACGGCGUUCAGCCACAGCUCCUCUAACGGCACCCACAACAACAACAACGAGCUGUCCAAGGCUAAUGGCGUUGUGCCGGGGAGCCACCUGGGCCCCUCAGAAAGAACUGAGAUUAAAAAGGUCCUCUCGGGCUCUGUGGAUUUCUCCGUGAGCGACACAGCUGGCAGCGAGCCGGCUGGUUGUAACGGCGGAGGCUCUGAGGUGCUAACAAACGGGUUUGCAACCUUCGAUGUGCAGGGAAGCCCCUCCGCGCAGGAUUCUGUCCACUCUUGUAAAAAAGCAACGUCAACUGAGGACACGGGCAGCAUCCCAGCCGAGGAUGAUUUUGCAGACUUUGCUGCUUUUUCCAAUCCUGAAGGACACCGCAGCCAGACGGCAAACGAGGACUCUGACAAUCCCCCGGGAGGCAGCUUGUUGGCGGAGGCUGCCUGCCACGAGGAGCACUUUAAUAUGGAGCCGGAAAACACAUCAGAGGACAGGGACACAAACAGAACUGGACCUGACACGUGUGGCUCUGACUCUGGUCCCGCUGAGGCCCCGGACGGCUCGUGCAACACGGACCGGGGCCCCCACUCUGACCCUGGUCCCGCUGAGGCCCCGGACGGCUUGUGCAACACAGACCGGGGCCCCCACUCUGACUCUGGUCCCCCUGCGGCCCCGGACGGCUCGUGCAACACGGACCGGGGCCCCCACUCUGACCCUGCUCCCGCUGAGGCCCCGGACGGCUCGUGCAACACGGACCGGGGCCCCCACUCUGACUCUGAACAAAGAGACGUAGCUUUUGCACAGGAGGCCUCGGAGGCAGUUUGCACUAACAGACCCCUCACCCUGAACGGGGUGGAUGUAGCCGACGGGGACGACUCCAGAGACGGAGGCAGUGAAGACGACCUCUCUCCGGACGCUGAGGAGGGACAGUCUGACGGGAAGGGCUCCGGGAACGAGAUGGAGACAGAAACGGAGACGGAGACAUCGUUGGGUCGGCCGCUCUCCACAGAAGCUCUGGAGGAGUUUGGGGACAUCAGCACCACGGGCUCGGUGCCCUCUCUGCCGCUCCUGGGGGAGACCGCCGCCACGCCCGCCGACUACAGCCAGCUGGCCGAGGACGAGGACUUCGGGGAUUUUGGAGACGCCGGCUCAUUCAGCGGUCAGGGCUUUGCAGACUUUGAACAGCUGGACGUGCAGCAGGAGCCGAGCCGGACGGAGAGUCCUGCUCCUGCUCAGGAAGCUACAAACACGGAGGAGGUGGAGGAGGUGGAGCAGCAGGUGGAGGAGGUGGAGGAUGACUUUGGAGACUUUAACUCCCCCAAAUUUCACGCCAGUGGAACCGUGGGGGAGGAGGAUGGAGGCAAGUUUGCAGACUUCCCCGUCAGCGACAGUUUUGGUAACUUCAGCUCGGCUGCAGAAGCCGCAGACGGGGAGGCGGACGCAGGGUGGAGCGCCUUCGGGGAUCAGCAGGUGGAGGAGGAGGAGUCCUGGGCGGCGUUCAGCGAGGAGCCGAGCAUCGCACCUCCUGCAGAGAGCAGAACGGAGGAGGAGGAAGAGGAAGAGGAGGAGUGGCAUGAAAGUGAAGUCCCUGCAGUCAGCGAGGAAACCAGCAGGACAGACAGACAGGCGCAUGCAGUUAUUCUAUCAGAGCAUGUAUCAAAAUGGAUUUCUCUCCGUGUGAAAUCCAGCCCGUGUGAUUCAUCAGUGAAUUCCCUCAGCAGCUGUGAUCCUCCAGACGACCCGGAGUGA